UAAACAAUUUGCCACACCAUGAUGAUCCUGUUACUAAUUUACCUAAUAAUCGCCUUGAAUUUAAAGAAAGAGUAAACCGUGGUCCAUUUCAACCUAAAUUACAAAUUUUUCCAAGAACAACCUUUGGAAAUAAAAACCGUUCUUUCCACCAACAAUAUUAUGAAGAAUUUCCUUGGUUAGAAUAUAGCCCUACUAGUGACUCUGCUUACUGUUUUCCAUGUAGGAUGUUUAAGUCAAAUAGUUUGAACAUAGGUCAAUCAGAUGAAGCAUUUACUACCAGGGGGUUCAAAACGUGGAGUACUAGUACUACUUCUUUUAAAAAACAUCAGAAAACAAAAUCACAUUUCUAUAGUACUGAAUCAUUAUCAAAUUUCCAUAAAAAAUCUAUUGAUGUUGUUUUAGAUGAAGCUAAAGAGCUAGUUCUGAGUAAAAGAGAAAGUGAUAGAUUGAAUAAUAGAAGUAUAAUGCAAAGGUUAAUUGAUAUAACUAUACUUUUAGCUAAAACUGGAAAGCCAUUCAGAGGGCAUAAUGAAAAUCUAAAGAGUGAUAAUAGAGGAAUGUUUUUGGAGCUUGCCUGGCUGCUUAAAAAGUAUGACCCGACAUUAAAAAAACAUUUGGAUGAAGGCCCCAAAAAUGCAUCUUAUAUUGGUAAUUUAAUUCAAAACGAUUUGAUUUUAUCUAUUCAUUCUGUUCUUAAAAGAAAACUUGUAUCUUCUCUAAAAAACAAAAAAAUAUCAAUCAUGGCUGAUGAAACGAGUGACUGUGGCCAUCACGAACAGAUGUCAGUUAUUGUUAGAUAUUACGAUGAUAUAAUUAAUUCACCAGUUGAGUAUUUUAUUUGCAUGAUGCGACUAACAGCAGUAGAUUCGCAGUCUAUUUUUGAUUCUCUAAGUUCCAUUGUAGAGAAACAAUUGGGUCUCAGCUAG